CGUCUUUUUCAUUCGUAAACAGAAAGAGAAACAGAGAGAGAGAGAAUCAAAUAUGCCGUUCGAUUUUAAAGGAAAGAAAGUACUGGUUACCGGAGCAGGAAAAGGGAUAGGACGUGGAGUUGCUAUCGCAUUAAAAAAGGCUGGCUGCAAAGUGUAUGCUCUUAGUAGGACUAAAUCUACAUUGGAUAGUCUAGUGGAAGAAUGUCCUGAUAUUAUACAGAUUGUUGCUGACCUGAGUGACUGGGAGGGUACGAGAGAAAAACUAGAACAGCUGGAAGUUUUGGACGGGCUUGCAAAUAUUGCUGGUAUAGCAGGUCAUGACUACGCUGCUGUUAAUUGCCCUAAAGAAUACAUAAACCAUUUACUGGACAACAAUCUUCUGAGUGCAAUAAAUUGCUCGCAGGUUGUUGCUAAGAAAAUGAUUGAAGCUGGUGUGAAAGGAUCGAUCGUAAAUUGUUCAAGCAUUUCUGGCAUGGCUGCUUUCCCAAUGUGUCUUCCAUAUGCUGUUUCAAAAGCUGGUAUGGAUAUGGUAACAAAACAGUUCGCACUGGAGCUAGGGCCUCACAAAAUACGAGUAAAUUCAGUGGAUCCCGGUCUUGUCAACACGCCAUUGGUACAGAGCCUUAUCGAAAAAGGAAGAUGUUCAGUGGAAACCUUUUCAUCAAGGUCGCCGAUGGGAAGAAUUCCGACAGUAGAAGAAAUUGUUGGCCCGAUUUUAUACCUCCUUAGUGAACAUUCAACUAUGGUCACAGGUCAGAUGCAUGUUGUAGAUGGCGGUUGUCUAUCUAAUAUUACAGUCAAAGUGUAAAAAAAGGAGUGUACAUGCGUAUGCUGAGGAAGUAUCACUGCAGUUGGAGUCUUAAGAAAUCAAGCUUCUUCGCUGCCUUUUACAUAAAGUUAAUAGUAUAAGGAUUUAUAAAAACCAAAUUGCCAAAUGAACACUGUGGUUACUAUUUUUAACAUGAUAGAUCUAGAUGUAAAAUGAAUUUUAUAACGGUAUUUUGCUCUUUUAUUACUAGUAUUUCAUUUUCUUGAAUGUAUAGACUUAAGAAUACAAUAUGGAGAUUUUUA